AUGACCGUCCCUUUGUGUAAAGAUUCCUUGCCCACCUCAUUGUGUAAUUUUGUGUGCGUGUGUUUCAUCGUUGCUCCACAGUCGCGCGCUGUCUCUCCACGCACCACCUCGUUCUCUCCGGUUAUGUGUCUCUCGUGGAGUGUUUUUCAGGGCCACUGUGUCAUCACUACUAGCACGGUAAUCUUGCACUUGCUGGCGCUUUGCCGCGGCGGCGUCGGCGAUGGCGUAAGCGAAUUAGAGCGAUUUGCGGAGACGGAGGGCGUUGAAUCGUUCACUGGAUCCGGCAAAUCCUCUUUGACACGUUCUUCGACAGAGACCUUGUUCAACGCCUACGCACUGCUACCUCCCGCUUCGCUCGGCAAAGCUAUCACCCUUGAUGGUUGCACCUUCGAGAAGCCAGAUGUAACCUUCGGUCGAACUGUAAUAGGCGAUGGAAGACCGGUUAAAUUGUGCACUAUCAAUGCUGACUUUUAG